GAAAAUCUGAGUCUUGGCAUUUUUUGAGAUGAACUUUCAUAUUUAGUAUCUCUUUGGACUUCCCACUCAUCGCUUUACUUAUGAUCGCUAAGAAUAAUUAAAAAAAAAAAUAGAAUAAUUCGAUGAAUCUGGUUUUAAGUGCAGUCUUUAUUUUGAGCGGGAGUGUAUUAGCCGUGGAACAAUUACAAGGUCCAGUUGUAACGACGACAAAUGGACCAAUUCGAGGGGAAAAAAUCCCAGAAUACUAUGUAUUCAAGGGGAUUCAGUAUGCAGAGUCUCCAAUUGGAGACAAACGCUUUGAACCUGUGGGAUUGUUUCGUGAAAAGUGGACAGAUGUGAAGAAUGCCACGGAAUUUGUGACUCCCUGUCUCCAAUGGAGAGGUGGUUUCGAUAAACCCAGGGGAGUAGAGGAUUGUCUCUUCCUGAACGUUUACACUUCUCAGAUCAGUGAGGAAGCUAAUCUUCCAGUAUUUGUGCAUUUCCAUGGAGGGGGCUUUACCUACGGCUCUGGGACUUUUUUCAGUCCGGAAAUAAUGCUACAUCUCUAUCAGUUGGUCUUUGUCACUGUCAACUAUCGCCUUGGACCUCUGGGAUUCCUGAGUACAGAUGAUGAAGUUGUUCCGGGAAAUAUGGGUCUAAAGGAUCAAGCAGUAGCUCUGCAAUGGGUUAAAGAAAAUAUCCGUCGUUUUGGUGGCAAUCCAGACUCGGUCACUUUAAGUGGAUUUUCUGCUGGUGCAGCUAGUGUUCACUUGCACUAUUUAUCCCCUCAUUCCCGAGGCCUUUUUCACCGUGGGAUUUCCCAUAGUGGAUGUGCCAUGAAUUCUUGGGUUUUUCCUGAGAAUCCCAGAGAUAAAGCUCAGUUUCUGGCCAAUCAUGUUGGCUGUGAAAGUAAAGAUACCCCGAAGAUGGUGGAAUGUCUAAAAAAGAAGCCUGCCGAAGAUAUUGUAAAUGUUAUUCCUGCUUACUAUAAAUGGGUAGUUUUUCCCCUUAUCCCAUACGGUCCGGUGAUAGAGAAAAGAUCAGAUAAACCCUUCUUGGCCGCGCAUCCAGAAACUAUCUACAGAACCCGAAAAGAAGCCCAAUUACCCUGGAUCGCAGCCUACACAGACAAAGAUGGCAUUUUUCCGGCAAUAGAAACCCUUAUGGAUCCCAAGUACUUCCCAGAAGUUCUGAAUCGCUGGGAGGAAUUGGGACCAAUUCUACUGGACUUUCAUGAAACUCUUGCUCCAGAGGAUUUCUCCGAUACAAUGCAGCGAAUACUGCAAUUCUAUGUCGGCGACAGGGAGAUGUCGUUUGACGAUUUGGCCCAGAUAAUGACUGACCGGCUUUUUUCAUCAGAUAUUUCUCGCUGUAUCCGGUUUCACAGUGAAAAAUCUCCUACCUAUCUCUACGAAUUUGGAGUUCCUCCGGAAUUUGGGGUAGUACAGCUGUAUUUGGGACGAAAUGCAAAGCUCAAUGGAUCUUGUCAUGGUGAUGAUGUGUUUACUCUGCUUAGAAACAAAUUCGAUCCCAGAGAUGAUCAGACUCCGGAGGAAAAAGAGAUGGCUCGCCUUCUCACGGACAUGUACAUCUCCUUUGCUGAAGAUUCUCAUCCCAAGUUAGGGAACGUAGAAUUCGGAGAUGUACAUUCCCAAGGCUACCUCUCAUUUCUAAAUAUUAGCAACCUUAGUAAUAUUUCCAUGGAGAAAGCAUCAAAUAUAGGCCAGGAAAAUUUCUGGAGAUCGCUACCAAUAGACGAAUUCGAUAUUAAGGAUCCGGAAACACCUCCAUUAAAUCAGAAAGGAGAACUAUAGCUACAAAAAGAACUGAUUUACUUUGUGUUCAAUCUUGUUUGCAAGGUUCUUUGAUUAACUGAGCGCAAGCUCUAAAAAAUAAAAAAAAACUUUAGGUCACGCCCCUUUUGGGAACGAUCUACUAAUUAAAA